AUGCGCUUUAACGACAACCGUUGGACCAGAGCCGUGAGCGACUGGGUUCCCCGCGAUAUUAAGCGCACUACAGGAAGACCGCCGACCCGAUGGUCAGAUUUCUUCACGAAGUCCUUCAAAGAUGAUGCUCUUCGCGUCCCACGCAAAAGGACGAACCACUGGGCUACUCUGGCACGCGAUCGAGACAAAUGGAAGAAUUACUGGCGCCCGCUCGACCAGUUAAAAGAUCAACAGGAGUUAAGGUGA